AUGAAAAAGGAAGACAGUCUCGAUACUUGCGGAAGUGAUCCCUCUGCCCAAAGUGAUGGUGCUUUAUAUACCGAGGAGUUCUUUAAAUGCACUUUUCUGGCUAGAAAAGUCGCUCAGCGACUACCGUUACAGGCCACCAACUGGUCUUCAUCCCCCAAUUUUGAAAAGGUUUAAAUUAUAAUUGUUUAUUUUCCACAAGCUUCUUAUGUCGAUUCUUAUUUUUUUACUUUCAGGUGCCCGGAUCCGGAACAUCAUCACCUCACUUUAAUCGAUCUGGUAGCGCCCAAUCUUUACCCCCUCAAGGUAACCGCCUCUCUGUUUACGAACAAGCUGUAAAUGGUCUCAACAAUGACAUCAACGUACAGAAAGAAGUAGCGCUGGGUAAAAGAAUUGGAUUCUAUAGACUGGGGAAAGAGUUGGGAGCUGGAAAUUUCUCCAAAGUACGAUUGGGAGUACAUGUUGUCACAAAAGGUGUCGAGUAUUUUCAAUUUGAAUAGUCGUAAUUUCAGAGAAAGUCGCCGUUAAAGUAAUGGAACGGUCACGGAUGGAUCAGAAAGCGCAGAAAUUGUUAGCCCGAGAGAUUGAGACAAUGGAAAUGACACACCACCCAAAUAUAAUCAGGUUGUUCGAGGUACAUCACGUCAGUCGUUGUUAGAAUAGCCGGGCGAUGCCUUGAUGUCCUGUUUACCCAACUAAUCUUCAACUUUCAGUGUGUUGAAACAAUUUCGAAAACAUUUUUAAUUAUGGAAUAUGCUGGCGGUGGCGAAUUAUAUACUUAUGUGCAUGAACACGGUAAACUGAACGAACAAGUGGCCCGAAGUCUGUUUGGGCAGGUCGUCUCUGCUGUUUGUCACCUGGUAAGAGCUAAUCCCUUCCGGUUUAUUCUAUCCAACUUGAUCUUUAAAGUCCAUGUUUAUUUUCAGCAUUCCAAGGGCAUCGUUCAUCGAGAUAUAAAAGCGGAGAAUGUCAUUUUUUCUCAUCAAGGAUGGGUAAAACUCGCGGACUUCGGCUUCUCCUGUCUUGAGACAGAGAAUAAUUUCCUUAGUACCUUCUGCGGAUCACCUCCUUAUGCGGCACCCGAGUUAUUCCGAGAUGAUGUAUGUCCUUUCUUGAAUAUAAGAUCUCCAACGUUCUCUAUGAAUGCAACAAAUCUUUCAGAAAUACCAUGGGCCGAUGGUCGACAUGUGGGCGUUGGGAGUCCUACUGUACUUUAUGCUGGUAGGGGUCACUCCUUUCAAAGGAGAAACAGUACAAGAAUUGAAGGAAAAUAUACUCAAAGGAGAGUAUAAGAUACCUGAAUAUGUCUCUGUAUUUGCCCACAACGUGACAGAGAAUCUGUUAGAGAUGGAUACCACGAAAAGAUGGGACGUUCUUACAUUAAAGAAGGCCGGCUGGUUCAAAGAGUUAAGGUUCAGUCAGUCGUAUUUGCAAUUUAACGUCACUCCUGAUGAAAAGAACCUCCAGACUUGCGAAACGGAGAGAAAUGUCUGGAAAACUUUACAUGACUACGGUAUCACACCUGAGAUGAUCCGAGAUUCGAUCGGAAAGGGGGCACGAAAUGCCAUCAUUGGCAUCUACAGGAUCGUUACUUACCAGCAUCAGGUCCAUGAUCUCGAUAUGGAACGCAUAAAGGUAGUUUUAAAAACUGCUUCAUAAUUUGCUUGAUUAUUAAUUUUAAAUAUUUCAUACUUUAGGUAAAUGGUCAUUUGAUUGAACUAGGACAACGAAGUAAAAUAGAGAACAGAAUCAAUCAGAAGAGCAAGACCUGCAGUAUCUUUUAA